UCCGCUUAACCAUGGUUCCACAUUCCAACGUCCCAAUGGAGAGGAAGUAUUAAUCAAUCAUUUUAGCUCCGCAAUUAAAUAAUAGCAAAGCCAAUCAAUCUAGGCUCCAGGUGCCAUUUCCUCUCCAAAUGGACUUCAUCUCACCUGAACACAAACCUCCUUCACUCCUCUCUAUAAAUACCCCACCAGCCUUUGCUCCCUUCCCAGAAGUAUCUCUUUCCUUUCUCAGCUCUACUUAAUUAGCAAACCCCAAGCAUUCUUCAAUUAAUUCUUUUUCACCUUUAUAUCAAACAAUGUCCCUCCCUGUAACACAAGGGAAAACCCUCCCUGAUGCCUGGGACUACAAGGGCAGCCCCGCCGAGAGGUCCAAGUCCGGUGGCUGGACCAGUGCCGCCAUGAUUCUAGGUGUUGAGGCAUGUGAGAGGCUAACAACGUUAGGUAUCGCUGUUAAUUUGGUAACGUAUUUGACGGGCACCAUGCAUUUGGGCAAUGCUACCUCUGCCACCACCGUGACCAACUUCCUUGGCACCUCCUUCAUGCUCUGUCUCUUUGGUGGUUUUAUCGCAGACACUUUUCUUGGCAGAUAUCUCACGAUUGGAAUCUUCGCCACCGUUCAGGCAACUGGCGUCACCAUCUUGACAAUCUCAACAGUAAUCCCGAGCCUGAGGCCCCCUAAGUGCAGCAUGGACAACCCCACAACUUGCACCCAAGCAAGCGGCAUACAACUCAUUAUUCUCUACUUAGCCCUGUACCUGACCGCCCUUGGCACCGGCGGUCUCAAAUCCAGCGUCUCGGGGUUUGGGUCUGACCAAUUCGAUGACUCAGACCCUGAAGAGAGAUCCCAGAUGACAAACUUCUUUAACUGGUUCUUCUUCUUCAUAAACAUAGGGUCACUCGGUUCGGUCACCAUUCUGGUGUACAUCCAGGACAAUUUAGGGCGUGAAUGGGGCUACGGUAUUUGUGCUUGUGCUAUCGUGAUAGGGCUGGUCGUGUUUCUAUCGGGAACCAGGCGAUACCGUUUCAAGAAAUUGGUGGGGAGCCCCUUGACUCAAAUUGCCGCAGUGUUUGUUGCUGCCUGGAAGAAGAGGCAUUUGGAGUUGCCAUCUGAUCCGUCGUUGCUUUUCAAUAUUGAUGAUGCAGCUGAGGGAUUGAAGAAGAAGCAAAAGUUGCCCCACAGCAAGCAGUUCCGUUUCCUGGACAGGGCAGCAAUCCAGGACUCAUCAGCUCCUGAGGCAAACAAGUGGAACUUAGCUACCCUAACAGAUGUUGAAGAAGUGAAACUGGUGAUAAGAAUGUUACCCAUUUGGGCAACCACCAUCAUAUUUUGGACCGUGUAUGCCCAAAUGACAACAUUUUCAGUGUCUCAGGCAACUACCAUGGACCGUCACAUUGGCAUAUUCCAAAUACCACCAGCAUCACUCACAGUUUUCUUCGUUGCUAGCAUUCUCGUGACUGUCCCAAUUUACGACAGGCUCAUUGCUCCAAUUGCAAGAAAAGUUCUCAAAAACCCACAAGGGCUAACCCCUUUGCAAAGGAUCGGAGUCGGUUUAGUUUUGUCCAUUAUCGCAAUGAUAGCAGCAGCAAUGACAGAAAUAAAGCGACUGAGAGUCGCAAGAUCGCAUGGUCUUACAAAUGAUCGGGCGGUUGAAAUCCCAUUAAGUGUCUUCUGGCUGGUCCCUCAGUUUUUGUUUGUGGGGGCUGGUGAGGCCUUUACAUACAUAGGGCAGCUUGACUUUUUCUUAAGGGAGUGUCCGAAAGGGAUGAAAACAAUGAGUACAGGUUUAUUUUUGAGUACCCUUUCGUUAGGAUUUUUCGUUAGCUCUUUGUUGGUUACUAUAGUUCACAAGGUCACUGGAAACAAGAAGCCAUGGCUGCCGGACAACCUGAACCAAGGGAGGCUUUAUGAUUUCUACUGGCUCUUGGCAAUUUUGAGUAGUUUGAACAUGGCAAUUUACUUGGUUUUCGCUAAAUGGUAUGUGUACAAGGACAAGAGGCUUGCUGAUGAAGGAAUUGAAUUAGAAGAAGCAGAACCUACCUUCCAUUAAAUGAAUAUGGGAGUUUCUUGGACUGGACAAGUCCCUUUCGUUAAGAUUUUGUGUUUGUAACUUUGUAUUAUAAAGUCCUUGGCUGGACUUUGAAUAAGUUUGAAAACCCUUUACAUGUACAAAAAGAAUGGUAAAGGAGCAAGAAGAAUUUCAAGCAAAAAUGAUGAGUUCUUGGUUUU